AAGAGGCACGGCUACAGAGGGAGGUGCCUCCCUGCACAUUAAAUCCUUUGAAGAGUUUUUUUUUUUGCCGCUGCUUAAGCGGAGAAUACACACACACACAAGCGCGCGCGCUCACACACUCUCUCACACGCGCGCGCACACACACACUCCGGAGAGAGUUAAGCGUGUGAGGAUGAUGAAGUCGGCGUGAAGGAGCUGGAGGACUGCCUGUGUGUGUGUGUGUGUGUGUGUGUGUGAGUGAGUGUGAGAGAGAGAGAGAGAGAGAAAGAGAGAGAGAGAGAGUGUGUGUGUGUGUGUGUGUGUGUGUUUAACCUUUGGGACAUGAGGAGCGGAGUGAAUCGGCGCCUCACCGGUGGGAGAAGGUGGAGGAGAGGUCGAGCAAAACGAGGACUGUUUGCAAUGUUAUCUGCAGCCACUGAUGCCACGUUUCAAAGAAGAAACUGGAAGAUGGUGGUAUGGGUGCUUGUAUCUCUGCUGCCCCUGGUAGUCGGAGACAGGCCCGGGUUUGGCGAAGACCCCGUGGACGCAGUGGGUUUGGUUACGACCAUGCUGGACGAGCAGCCGUUUGACGCCCUACCCGAGGAAGACGAGGAGAUGGGAGACGGAGACGGUUAUUCUCCGUGGCAUAACGUUUUUGAACCCUCGGUUCUAGUAGAGGAGGAGCAUCCAGCCCGGUGGGAGCGUUCCCCACGUUCCUCAGAUGCCUCUGAUGCUCAGUCCAAGGGCUCGCGCAAGAAAAAGAAAAAGAAGAAGAAAGAGAAGGAGAAAGGCGAGGAUGAGGGGCAGGGCCAGAGCAGCCGCGACUGCCACCUGGAGCGGCGUGAGAUGCGAGUGAGGGACCUGGGGAUGGGUUACGACUCGGACGAGAUCGUGCUCUUUAAGUUCUGCGUGGGUUUGUGCCAGAGUGCACGGGGGAACUACGACGCUGCGCUGCGGGCUCUGCUGACCAACGGCAGCCUGCCGAAACGCACGGCACGCAGGGUCAGCGCCAGACCCUGCUGCCGACCCACGGCAUACAAGUCCGUCUCCUUCAUGGACACGUCCACAACGUGGAGGACCAUCGAGAAUGUCUCGGCCUUGGAUUGCAAGUGCGUGGGCUAAGUCGCUGUCGGAGGAGGAGAAAAGAAAUCGAUCCCCCUCGAGAAAGAGUAGCAGCGUGGAGCCAUACGGAUUCCUGAAAUCGGGAUUACAGGAAUAGGAGGCGUUCUGGGAUGAAAGCUGUUCCAGCGAAAGGAGACAGCAAGGCUACUGUGAUGUGCACCAUGUAUGCAUUCAGCCUUCUAUAUUCCCAAAAACCGGAGUGAAAAAGCCCAGAGUGAUGCCGGACUCGCCCGAGGUUGGAGCAUGGCAUGGAGAAGUUCUUUGGAAGGUAGACGAUGGCGCCACGAUGGACGCUGAUGGAUUGCUCAAGAACUAGUCAUGAGAAACUUGGCAAGAAACUUUGCGAGACUAUAAUAAGAUGGAAUGUUCCAUUUGUCCGUUUGUUACUGAAGAAUGUCAGAGCUUUGAGUGUGUAUACGUGCCAAUACCGAGUGAAACCAUUGUAUAUUGUUUGAGAAGAAGCGGAUUGUAAUUUGUUUGGCGUUCAGGUUAACAUAUCACAUGCUGCCUAAAUUACAACUGCUAUUAUUAUACAUGAUUUUAUAAACUUACAAUACUGAAUUAAACCAUGCCUACACAAAGCUCUGGACUGUUAAGGGAACUGAUGAAAAGGUCUA